AUGGUAAAGUCAACACUGCUCUUCUGCUUGAUCGUUGUCAUUUGGCCUCCGCAAAUCACAACCCUGCAGUCGAUGACCUUCCAGCUGGAACGAGUUGAACAAAUCGGUGGCCAAGGUUUGUCCGACUGGCAAAUCCGCGUCCGAAAGUUUAACCGGACCACCUACAGUCUGAACGGAACGGCUAUCCUGCUGCAGGACUUGGACGAUUCUUACGAGGUGGGCGUCAAUUACGCGUACAGCUCACUUGGGAACAACCAGUUCAACGAAUACCCGAUGAAGCUGCCGCGGAAGAAGGUCUGCCGGUACAUGGUUGAGGAAUAUCGCGAGUAUCAGCACGUCUGGAUCGGUUCCUCCAACACGCCGCAGGUCGAUAAAGGUGCUCGGGUGUUUUGUCCGUUUCCCAAGGGAACGUACUGGGUGCGGGAUAUGGCCCCGGAAGCUGACUGGAUUCCGCCGGUUGUGCCCACAGGGCUGUGGCGGAUGACGGUUGGGGUUUGGAGAGGGGGGGAUGCUCCGGUGUCUCAACUUGUGUUCUAUUUUAGGCUUACUAGAAAGCUGAUGACAUGAUCGAA